AUGACCGAGUAUCAGACCCAAACGCAAAGGCUCAAGAGUAUCAGACCCAAACGCAAAGGCUCAAGAGAAUCAGACCCAAACGCAAAGGCUCAAGAGAAUGGUCCAAAAGGGUUCGGUAUUGGUGGCCUAGGCACCCAAACUGGACUGACUGCACUAGGAGUUACUAAGGCUGCCCCAGCAGGCGGUGCUGCGUCCACUCUGGGCUCUCAGGGUGUCCCAGAAUCCGAGGCCAAAACAGUCCCCCCCGAGGCCACAAAGGUGCCUGCUGCCGCUUCAAAGCCUGCGUUUGAUAAGUACACGCGUGUUGGGUACAUGCAUGCUUCGUACAGCACCGUAGCCAUGCUGUGCCAUAUGAACCCUAAACCCCAUAUGUCCAAGCAAGAGAUGUAUCUGAAUUAG